AGCAAUCAUAGCAAAAAAUUAAUUGUUUUAUUUGUUUAUUGGUAAAAAAUGCCCAGUGAAAUUAUUACUCUGCAAUUGGGACAAUGUGGAAAUCAAAUUGGCUUCGAAUUUUGGAAACGCCUGUGUCUGGAACACGGCAUUUCACCCACUGGCAUGUUGGAGGAAUUUACCACAGAUGGUCUAGACCGCAAAGAUGUGUUCUUUUACCAGGCCGAUGAUAAUCAUUAUAUACCAAGAGCAGUUUUGCUCGACUUGGAGCCUAGAGUAAUACACACAAUUAUGACCUCCACAUAUGCCAAGCUUUAUAACCCCGAAAAUGUUUAUCUUUCCAAACAUGGUGGUGGUGCUGGCAACAACUGGGCUUCAGGAUUUAGCCAAGGAGAAAAACUCCAGGAAGAAGUAUUUGAUAUUAUCGAUCGUGAAGCAGAUGGCAGUGAUUCGUUAGAGGGAUUCGUUUUGUGUCACUCCAUAGCUGGGGGCACUGGUUCCGGUAUGGGUUCUUAUAUGCUGGAACGUUUGUCAGAUCGUUUUCCUAAGAAACUUUUGCAAACCUACAGCGUCUUUCCAAAUCAAGAUGAGAUUAGUGAUGUUGUUGUCCAGCCCUAUAACUCUUUGCUAACGUUGAAACGCUUGACCAAUUGUGCUGAUUGUGUUGUAGUUUUGGAUAAUACAGCUUUAAAUCGCAUAGCUUCGGAUCGUUUGCAUAUUGAAAAUCCUACUUUCACACAAAUUAAUACUUUGGUGUCGACAAUAAUGUCUGUUAGUACGACCACUCUGAGAUAUCCAUCGUAUAUGAAUAACAAUUUGAUUGGCUUGACGGCUCCGCUGAUACCAACACCUCAGUUACAUUUUCUGAUGACGGGAUAUACACCGCUGACAACAGAUAAUGAUACCAAUGUAAAUGUUCGCAAAACCACGGUUUUAGAUGUCAUGCGCCGCCUUUUACAGCCCAAAAAUAUGAUGGUUUCGUCGGGUCCGGAUAAAACAAAUCAUCAUUGCUACAUCUCUAUACUGAAUAUCAUACAGGGCGAAGUUGAUCCCACCCAAGUUCACAAGUCUUUGCAGCGUAUUCGUGAGCGAAAACUUGCCCAAUUCAUUCCAUGGGGACCGGCUAGCAUACAAGUGGCCUUAUCACGUUCCUCACCCUAUGUCCAGAGUAAUCAUAAAGUUUCUGGCCUCAUGAUGGCCAAUCAUACUGGCAUAACAUCUUUAUUUAAUCGUGCAUUGGCCCAGUAUGAUAAGUUGAGAAAACGUGGUGCAUUUUUGGAUCAAUUUCGUCGCGAAGACAUGUUUAAAGAGGAUCUCACAGAAUUGGAUAACUCGCGAGAUGUAAUCGAUUGUUUGGCCCAGGAAUAUGAGGCUGCAACGCAAAGUAAUUACUUGCAAUGGGUGCCAAGAAGUCGUGGUGAAUAAGUUGCCUGCAUUUAAAUAUUAGGAUAUAAGGAAAAUUUAUAAAUAACAUAUGAAAGUAAAUAUACUAAGCAUAUAAAA